UGCUGCCGGUUGCACUGUAAGGAAUAGUAUACUUACUGCUCUCCAGAGAAUUCUAAGAACCUGUCUUUUCGUUCUCCAUGGCUCCUGGAUGUUUCAGCGCAUUAUGGUCUUUAUGGCGGCGGCUUGCUCGGGCUCGGAGCGACGAAGAAGUCGACCUGAGUGCUCUCGCUAGCACUGAAUCUACUCGACUAGCCGCACCAGCAGACGAUGCAGACGUCUGUGUUGCCACGUCACUCGGAAUCAUUUGUCCGCGUUCUCUGCCUAGCCCCAGCAGUGUGGAUGAUCCCGAUCCCAUCUCCGCUCAAGGUAGAUGCACAGAUUCUUUCAUGUUCUGUCACGUAUCUACUGAAUUGGCGUGCCCAGGUUCUUUACCAAACAGUGCAAGCACCGCUGCUCCUAUGAUGACUGGCGUGGAGAGCCAAUCUACUAGUUCAUGUUCUCUCCCUGGAUGUGCUGGAGAAGUACCCAUGGAAUUUCCCUCUUCCCAGCCUGCCUAUUGCCUAGAUCCUGUGAAAGCUAAACAACAUGUUGACCGCAUUCGUCACUUUCGCAUUCUUGUUAUGGGCAGGGCAAAUGCAGGUAAAACAACAAUUUUGCAGAGGGUUUGUAACACUAUAGAUGAACCGGAAAUUGUUAAUAGAGAAGGAUGGAAGCUGGAUGCCAAUGUAGUCCAGGCUUCACUGGCACAUGGUGAACAUAACAUUGAGGAUGAGCUGAUCUUUCGGAGUCAUCCACAGUUUAUAUUCCAUGACUCAUGUGGAUUUGAGGCUGGAAGUGAAAAGCAGUUUGACAUGAUGAAGAAAUUUGUGCUGGAUCGUGCCAGGACACCCAAACUAGAUGAGAGAAUACAUGCCAUUUGGUUUUGUGUUCCAAUGAAUGAGAGUCAUAGAAUGAUUACAGCUGCUGAAAGAAAGUUUUUUGAUGAGUGUGAUACAGGGCAUGUUCCUGUGAUUUUGCUGUCAACAAAGGCAGAUUCUUUGGAGCUUGAGGUCUUUGAGCAGCUUGAGGACCAAGGAUUUGAUGUAGAUGAUGCAACAAGGGCAAAAGAAAUGGAAGAAGUUCUGAGCAAUUAUAUUGUGAAGCUCAAGAAUUGGUUGAAUAACCUUGAAUUUCCACCUCAUGACUAUUUGUCACUCAGUAGAAUGGAUGAAGAAGAUGCAGACUGCACUCACAAGCUAUGAACCCAAG